AUGGCGGGUCGGGGCUCCGGCUCCUCCGAGCACUUCGAGCGGCUGCACGAGAUCUUCCGGGGGCUGCAGGCGCAGCUGCGGGGCGUCCCGGAGAGACUGCGGGGGAGCGCGGCCGAAGAGAAGAAGAAACUAAUACGAGAAUUUGAUGAGAAACAAUGGGAGGCAAAUGAAACGCUGCGGGAGAUGGAAGAAGAACUGAAAUAUGCCCCAGUGUCCUUCCGCAACCAAAUGAUGAACAGAAUCCGGACCUACAAGAGAGACCUUGCCAUGUUCCAGAGAGAGAUUAAAAGCACAGAUUUGGGGUUGGGCCCUGGAAGUCGGGGGGACACAAAAUACGGAAUCUAUUCCAUGGAAAAUGAGCAGAGUACUCAUUUGCAGUCGCAGAGGGGCUUGCUUCUCCAGGGGACAGAGAGCCUGAACCGAGGCACUCAGAGCAUUGACCGUUCACACCGGAUCGCUGCAGAGACGGAUCAGAUAGGUACAGAGAUAAUCGAGGAACUUGGGGACCAGCGAGAGCAAUUGGAACGCACCAAAAGCAGAUUAGUGAACACAAGCGAAAACCUAAGCAAAACCCGUAAGAUCCUGCGUUCCAUGUCGAAAAGAGUUAUGACUAACAAGUUGCUGCUGUCUGUCAUCAUCAUCCUGGAACUAGCCAUCCUAGGAGGUGUGGUCUACUACAAGUUCUUCCGCAAGAGCUGAGCUUGCACAGCCCAGACUGGUGUUUCCCUUUGUGUCUCAAGGAUUAUGCAUGGCCAUAGCUGAGAAACUGGGUGGCAGUAGCGCCAGAAGUGGAUGAGAUGUCUAUUCCAGUUGAAAGUCCUCUGGUUGAGCUGUCAGGUACUGACUGUAGAAAGACAUGGCGGUUAUAAAGAAAACGCAAAGACUAAGACUGAAGUAAUGGUAAUAGACAGUAAUAAGUAUUUUAUUACUUGUCUAAAUUUACAUAUUUCUAAUUGACUAAAUGAAUAAAACUUAUACAUCAUACAGUAGUUAUUGGUCAAAUGGAAAAAAACUAGUCUCUUUAAAAACAAGUAACACUCCAAGUGUUUGACAUAGCCAUUAAUCGAGCCCUG